AUGUUGUUAAAAAUUUUUAUUUAUCUCUUGGUCUUAAUCUCAACUUUUGCUAUACACACUUUUGCUACACCUGCUCUUGAACUUGUGAAUGAACGUCAACUGCCAAAUUGCAUUACUGCUGGCGUAGAAUGCCCUCCUGAUAGUAAAACAAAUUGCUGUCAUAGCCUUGUUUGCAUUGAAGUUAACUUAAAUGAAGGUGCCUUCAAAUGCGUUGCUGUUUGA